AUGAAUUUGUACGUCAAAAUCCCGUUAGACAAGAUCAAACAAUCGAUCAACAAAAUUGAACUGACCCACAUCGACGAAUAUCUCACCCGUGAUCAGAGGAAACACGUUGCUCAGUUCUAUACAGGGAAUUGUGCAAUAGCACCUAUAGACAAAUUAUUAUUAACACUGCGAUUCUAUGCAACAGGAAGUUUUCUUAUUACUGCCGGUGACUUUCUCGGUGUUAGUAAAUCUUCUGCUUGUGUAAUUGUUCGUACUGUUAGCACAGCUAUUGCACGCCUAUGUCAUCAAUUUAUUUAUAUGCCAACUACAGAUGAAGAAGUGUAUACAUUACAGAGAAGUUUUUACAAAAUUGCUAGAUUUCCAAGAGCUAUAGGUGCAAUAGAUUGCACACAUAUUCGAAUUCAAAGCCCAGGAGGUCAUAAUGCUGAGUAUUUUCGAAACCGAAAAGGAUAUUUUUCAUUAAAUGUCCAAACAGUUGUUUCCCCUGAUUUAAAAAUAAUGGACAUUGUAGCUCGCUGGCCAGGAUCUUGCCAUGAUCAAACAAUUUUCAGAAAUUCAAAUAUUCACAGUCAAUUGGUUAAUGGUAAAUGGGGAAAUAGCUUAAUUGUUGCAGAUAGUGGAUAUAAAAAUACCAGUCAUAUUGUAACUCCUUUUAUAAAUCCAAGGGGAAAUAUUGAAGAGCUAUACAAUGAGUCAAUAAUUAGAACCAGAAAUCCAGUAGAAAGAACAUAUGGAGUUCUUAAACGUAGAUUCCCAAUUUUAUCUCUUGGUCUACGCUUGAAGCUAACUACAUCACAAACGAUCCUGUACUUAAGUUUCCUACGGCCAGUUCUAACAUUUGCAUGUGAAACAUGGUCGACUACUAAAGGAGAUGAGGAAAAAAUGGCUUGCUUCGAAAGAAGAGUUCUUAGAAGGAUUUAUGGACCUAUACUAGAAAAUGAAGUUUACAGAAGAAGAACUAAUGUAGAAGUACAACAAAUUUAUCAAAAACCCGGUAUCAACGCGUACCUUAUGAGCAAACGAAUUGAGUGGGCAGGCCAUGUAUGGAGGUCAAAUGGUAUUCUAAAGAAAGCUCUGGAAGGAAAAAUCAAUGUAAAAAGACCUAGGGGUCGCCCUAGACAGCGCUGGAUAGACAGGGUUAAAGAAGAUAUAAACAAGUGCGCCCAGGGACUAACUUUAGAAGACAGUAUUGACAGAGAUAGUUGGAAAAAAGUAGUAGAGGCAGCGAAAGUCCUUCAAGGACAGUAA